GUCACAAGCACACCGUGGGAGUGUGUGCAGUCAGGAAGAGUAAACGUUGCUUCCGUAAUACAACCAUAACAAACAAGCACGUGCAAAGUUCAUAUCAAAAUAAUGUGAAUGAAAAUUGUUUCAAAUGAGCUAUUUGUAUUUAUGUAUUUAGAAUAUCUCGGCAUUGGGGCACGAGAAAGUAAAAGCUAAGAAUUAUUACUGAAGAUAGUGAGUUAGGCUGCUGCUGUGCAGACAGUUGUCGAUUCUGCUGUUGAUAUGGAAAACUGAGUCACCUGUAGUUGCUCUCCGAUCAUAUGACUGUUUGAAGUCCUGAAUUCCGUUACUUGGAUUUGUUUACUGUUCAUUCUAUUGGUAUCUGGACACUGAGGACGUCUCUGAACGGCUUGUCAAAAGAGAAAGAGGGAUGUCGUAUGAACAAGAUGAAGAUGACCAAUAUGCUCCAGGGUAUGACGUUGGUUCAUUUCCUAAAGAUUUUGGAUAUGGUCCUUUCGACCAGGAUGGCGAUGGUCCCCCAGGCCCUCUGGCUGGUGAGCAGAAACCGAGAAUAUUGCUGAUGGGCCUUCGGAGGAGUGGUAAAUCUUCAAUACAAAAGGUGGUCUUCCACAAAAUGUCACCCAACGAGACACUAUUUCUGGAGAGUACAAACAAGAUCAUUAAAGAUGACAUUUCAAACUCAAGUUUUGUGCAGUUCCAAAUAUGGGACUUUCCUGGUCAGAUUGAUUUCUUUGACCAGUCAUUUGAUUCUGAUAUGAUAUUUGGAGGGUGUGGAGCUCUGGUUUUUGUUAUAGAUGCACAGGAUGAUUACAUGGAAGCACUGAUGAAAUUAAAUCUUACUGUUACAAAAGCCUUCAAAGUUAAUCAAAGCAUUAAAUUUGAGGUUUUCAUUCAUAAAGUAGAUGGAUUAUCAGAUGAUUAUAAGAUGGAAACACAGAGAGAUAUUCAUCAGAGAGCUAACGAUGAUCUUGCAGAUUCAGGAUUUGAUCAGAUUCACUUGAGUUUUCAUCUGACUUCUAUUUAUGAUCACAGUAUAUUUGAAGCAUUCAGUAAAGUUGUACAAAAGCUGAUUCCACAAUUACCAACAUUGGAAAAUCUGUUGAAUAUAUUGAUUUCGAAUUCUGGUAUUGAAAAAGCCUUUCUUUUUGAUGUUGUGUCGAAGAUAUAUAUAGCAACUGAUUCUUCUCCAGUUGACAUGCAGAGCUAUGAACUUUGCUGUGAUAUGAUUGAUGUUGUUAUAGAUGUCUCUUGCAUUUAUGGCCUCAGAGAUGACACAGAUGCAGCAGCAUUUGAUUCUCAGAGUUCAAGCUUAAUUAAACUUAAUAAUGGUACUAUUUUGUACUUAAGAGAAGUGAAUAAGUUCCUAGCUCUAGUGUGUAUACUAAGAGAAGACAACUUUGAUAGACAAGGGGUAAUUGACUACAAUUUUCUUUGCUUCCGAGAAGCCAUACAGCAAGUGUUUGAAUUGAGAAAUAAGAGCCAGGCGUUAGGAAAUACAACAAACAGCCAUGUAGCAAACCAUGUGAAUAGCCUGUCAGCAGGCAUGGAACAGCCACAAGUAAAUGGUGCCAAUAUGAAAAGCUGAGGCAGUAAACGGAGUCUGCAAGGAUUGAAACAGGGCAUAUGGAAGAUGAAGGUAAUGCUUACAAGGAUGUCUUGCAUCACAGUUUACUGUACUUUGCCCCUGUUAAAGUAUUGUUUAGGACAUUCUAGUCUAGGAAUGCAGUUUAAGAACAAGCAAGAAGAAUGUGGCAUGUGACAGAAUUUGCUGAUCUGCAAUUAUGCCAUGCAUUCUCGUAAGAUUUUUUUGGCAUAAAACAUUGUUGUGUAUUGCCAUACAAGGGGCACAGUGAAUGUCUUACUUCUUUGUUACAUAUCUGAUCGCGUUGCUAAAAUAUGUACAUACUACAGAGUGCAGAGAUAAUUUUAUAUUUUAUGAACAGCCGACAAGACAUUUAUUUUUAAAAAUUUGCCGUCUUAGAUAGGAAAAAAUAAGGCUGUAUCAGAUUUGUAGAAUAUUGUGCAUUGAUAGCCACUAUAAACUAGCUAAUUUUAAGAAUUUUGCAGUUAUUUUAUAUGCUAUUUAUAGACUUCUUGUAUAAGAUGUUAAACUGAAAGACUUGUUUUCAAAAUAAAUGUAAGGAAAUGUUUUAGUUUUAUCAAAGUUGUUCAUUUAGUAAUCUCCUGUGUCAGUAAGAAAUAUGAGAGGAUUUGUGACACAAUAAAAACAUAAAUUUCAUUGCUUAAACAGAUAUUAGAUUUUGUGGCACUGUGCCAUUAUUCAGUUCUCACUACUAUAGCAUUGUCAGUACAGGAGGAUCUACUAAUUCAAAUCUGAAACAUAAUGGAGGAGUGUUUUAUAUUCAGUAUUGUUUAUAAACAACACUGAUGAAAUGUGUUUCCGCAUAAUUUAUUACAUCUUAGCAUGAAAAAGCAAACUGGUAGUGAAGUUUCUUACAUUUAUAUUAUUUGUCUGGGGCAACCCUGCUGGAGAAGAACUUUCAGUGCUGAUUAGCAUUUCACACACCAUGUGUGCCAAUCGCUUCUGUCAUAAAUAUUGCAAUAUUUUAUAGAUUGUCCAUUUACUACUUCAUUUUGUAUCACCUCGUGUAAUAAAUUGUUGUACAAUGCAACUGUAUAUAGAAUUAAUGGAAUUUGUUAUUGCUCAUUUUACAAAACUCUUAGCAUUGAAGAACAUAAAAUUUGUGAUAGAAAAUUGCACUGAAUAUUUAUUUUUCUGAUUCUUAUGGAAAAUCCUCACUAGUCAUUUGGGAGCUAAUUUGAUCACCACAUUGUGUGACUGUUGUGUAAUUGUGUAUAGAUAGUGAUGCUUUGAAAGGGAUAACUAUUGCAAUAUGUUUAACAUUCACACUGCCUCUGCUGUCUUAUAUCUGUAAAUCACUCUGUUGCAAAUACAUGGUAAGAUAAACGAAUGUCUAUGUAAUUUUAGUUUAUAAGCACAUCCGUGACCACAAUACUAUUGCACUUGGCCUCCUGUGGCUGUUGUCAGAAACAUGUGGUGACAUUACAGUAAACAAGUGCCGUGGUGACUAAGGAAAACACAUCACACUGCGAUUGAUUCCCAGACAGUUGUGCAUAUUCUGUUGUGUGUUUCAGCAUGUCCUCUUGAAAUAACAUUAAAAAAUCUCACAAUAACGAUGUAUUUUAUUCUUUUACUUCAUGGGUUGUAUCUUGUAGUAAUGUCUUUUGUAUUUAAAACUGCCAAUUAAUUGAUUCAUGAUCCUGUAAUUUUUCAGCAGUCAGUUUUAGAGACCAAGAAACCAGUCCCAUAUGCUACUAAGCAUCCAUUUCGCUUAAAUAAAAAUGUUACACACACACACACACACACACACACACACACACACACACACACACACACAGUUUACUGUUCAUUAGUAUAGUUUGUAGAUCUACAACCUGUCACAAUACCAGAGAAACUAUUUUUAUGCCAGAAAAAUGUGCUUUAUUAAUUUUUUCAUUGUUAUUAAAAGUAAUAAGUAGCUGUGAGUCCCCUCUUUGAUUACUAUGUUAUACUGCUCGUAUAUGGAAAUAUGUUAAUACUGUCAUUUAUUCAUAAUACUUCUGAAUAAACUAUCUGUUAUAUAGUUUAUUAAUGUGUAAUUUUUUUAAACUUUAAUUUUGCGUCCAUCAAUAAGAGGGUGGUGCGAACUAUUCUCAACGUGUAACACUGGGCGUAUCUGAAAAAGUAAAUCUUUGGAAAGUGAAGAGUCAGCUAUCAUGAUUUAAUUCAUAUAAUGAAGAAUAGUUUUGAUUGCAUAUGUGUGUAAAACUAAUAAAUUAUUACAUGACAGUGUAUUCUUGAAAAGUUACCUUAAAUGUGUAUGUUCUUGUUGUCUUUGUGAGUGUACAGUAUGUUGCGUACUUAUGAUUUACAAAAAAUUAUAGAUACUAUGUAAUGUUCUCAUUGUAACUAGGAGAAGAGCAGUUCAUUAUGCAUAUUUUAUGUUUGGUUUUUCCCCCUUUACUAUUUAAUUAUAAAGAAUUUGAAAUGUGUUCAGUGUUUAGUUGCGGUGCUUGCUCUUUCUUUUUCUAAAAUAUGCGGUGUUAUUUUUUUUUUAUACUGAAAUAAGGGUUAAUUCCUAAAUUUCAUUUUAUCAUUUUAAAGGUUUCAUUAGUUAAUUUCAUUUUUCUCAAAGAUACUGACAUUGUAAUUCUGUUUCAUUUUUAACUGUCCUUUUUAAUUAAGCUCCAGGAAACAAUUGUCAAAGAUUGUGACGCUCAGCAGUGACGUCAAUCAUAAAUCGCAGUUUUCACACAGACACUGCAUGAGUCAUUUUUUUCAUGGUUUAAUACAUUACAUAACUCACAGUCUCUGCCAGUUUUUUUUAAGUUAAUUUUUCCAUGACAUUAACGGCAGAGAUCGAGUGUCUUCCAUCGAGCAUAUACCAAAAAAAAUUCAUGUUCGAUUGCAUAAUUGUCAUCAAGGGUACUGUGCCAUCUGUGUGUUGUAUGCUAUACAAAUAAAUAACUUUAUAAAUUUUUUGUUUGUGUUGUCAUGAACUGUAGUUAUUUUUGUCUUCCAUGUAUAAUUCUGGGUUGUUCAAUACCUAUGCACAAUAAGCCACAUUUUUUUACAAAUGAAAUUUACUCUGCCAGUACAGGAAGCUAUUCAGUACUUAAUUCAGUUUACAGUACACAUAGUGAUAUCAUUGUAGAUAUCCUGAUUUAUUUGUUGUACAUCACUGUGAUUCUGUAUAGUAUUUACAUAAUAUCUGAGGCAGAUAAGUCUUUUGAGAUCAAAAUCUGAUGGUUUCAUGUGUAUAAUUGUUACUACAUAUGCCUUUUAUUUAUAUCUCAUAUGUUUGAGAAUGGGUAAAUUAUGUACUUCUGUGCUAUGCAAGCUAUAAAAAUAUCUUUGUUUAAUAAAACAGGAAACAUUUAUCUAA